GCCGGGCCGGGAGGGGAGAGAGUUGUUUACACAGACUUGCCGAGCGCCCUGGGGAAUAACGCGGAGAGGAAGUGAUCCGGAGCCCUUGUCUGCCUGAUCCAGUUUCCUGCUCCGGGGAGGAUCUGGUUACCGCGGCCGCGCUCUCCGUCCGUCCGACCGAUCGGCCAUGGGACGCCGAGGCGCCGAUCCGCGCUGAGCUGAGCUGAGCUGAGGGGAGCGGAGCCGAGGGGAGCGGCGCCACCGCGGGCACCGGCUGUCGGGCUCGCCUCGGCAGUGCUGUGAAGCUAUAAUGAAAGGAAGUCCACAAUUAGACCGCUUCACAGUUUACUGAGCAGCCGAGCAGACGGCAAUGUGCAGGAAAUGCCUUCAGGAAGCUGCUACCUAAAUCCCAUGAGUGGCACCGCAUGCAAAGACAUCAACAAUUGAUAAACAUUGUUGGUUGCAGCGAUUGUUUCCGCAGAAGAAAAUGCAACUUACCAUUUAAUUAAUUUUACACGUCAGCAGUCAAUAACAAGGUAUGGAGAGUGCCAUCACCCUCUGGCAGUUCCUGCUGCAGCUGCUGCUGGACCAAAAGCACGAGCACCUCAUCUGCUGGACGUCGAACGACGGCGAGUUCAAACUGCUGAAGGCAGAGGAGGUGGCCAAGCUCUGGGGGCUGCGGAAGAACAAGACCAACAUGAAUUACGACAAGCUGAGCCGCGCACUGCGAUACUAUUACGAUAAGAAUAUUAUUAAGAAGGUGAUCGGGCAGAAGUUUGUUUACAAGUUUGUCUCGUUUCCGGACAUUUUGAAGAUGGAUCCCCUCGCGGCAGAGUCCGGCCGGGAGCACAUUUUACUGCGGGACAGUGAGGCGGGGUCCGUUGGCGAGGGAGCGGAGCACCAGCAGGUGACAUUGAGUGGCAAUCGGAGUCUCAGUCGCAACGACUACAUCCACUCGGGCCUGUACACCUCCUUCACCAUCAACUCCCUGCAGAGCCGCUCCGACUUCUUCAAGGCCAUCAAGAUGGAGAAGCCGGAGGAGAGGGUGGCGAGGAGGCCGGCGCCAGGCGAGGAGGUGCGGACUGUCAUCAGAUUCGUGGCGAACAAGAACGAGAGGUCGUCCGCCGUGUCGCUGCCGCCGGUCUCGGCCGGGCCGGCGCGCUGCCCGUCGCCGGAGACCGUGGUGUCGCCGACGUUCUUCACGGCCGUCUCCUCGAAGGCGGCGUCCUUCAGCUCGGCCAUCGUGUCCACGUCCUCGGGCGCAGCCUUGCCGGCGGGGUACCAGGAGGCCUGCAUUAUUGAACUCGAUGCCAGUGACUCCGAGCAGUCUGCUCAGCCGCUGAACCUCUCGGCUGGCCCCAAGACCAAAUCCCCCUGCCUGGCCGACCAGAGGCACAGCCACCUACCAAAGACUAAGAAGCCCAAAGGCCUGGAGAUUUCAGCACCUUCUUUAGUCAUUACUAACACGGACAUCAGCUCCAUUGCCCUCAACAGCCCAGCACUUCCGUCAGGAUCUCUCACUCCCUUUUUCACCGCACAGACGCCCAGUGGGAUUCUGUUGACACCAAGCCCCUUACUCUCCAGUAUUCAUUUUUGGAGUACACUAAGUCCAGUGGCUCCCUUGAGUCCCGCCAGACUACAGGGACCAGGCUCCUUAUUUCAGUUCCCAAGCUUGGUUAACGGACACAUGCCAAUUCCAAUGCCUAGUUUGGAUGGAAUUUCUCCGUUGCUGCUUUCAUCAAACACCCAGAAAUCAUGAUACUGCCUUAUUGAAGGAUCAAAAGGGACCAAUUAAAUACCAAAAUGUCAGGCAAUAAUCAGCUGUUAUUUUUAUCAGUGAUCUUGCAUCAUUGGUAUGAAGUUGUCAAUCAUAUUAUGAAGUAUAGAUUAAAUACCUUUUAUAUGUGUUUAUAAUUAGUUUUGUUCCCAGUGUUUUAUAAUGAAGUUGGCAAUAAAUAUAUAAUCUUUUCUUGUACCUUGCGUUUUAUGCACUGUGCUUUUAAUGAAUGUUAACCAGCUGUGCCUACUUAUGCUUACUUUAUGUAAAUGACCUGUAAACCUGUUGUAAUGGCAAGUUAUUAGCAUUAUUAAAUAAUUGAAGCUUUGUAUCAGUUUUCAAUUAUUGGUUAUUAAAGGACGAUACUAUGUAUUAGCAAAAAAGAUUUAUGCUAUUUUCAAUGUAAGUUUUUUUUUUAAAAAGCAUUGCAGUUUAUAUGUUUUAUAGAUGGAUUUGCCUUGUCUUUGUAUUUUGGCUACAGGUUUGUAAUUAACAUAUUUCAAUAAAUACCAGAAACCUAA